AUGACUUUGAUCCUAGUCAAGGGAGCCAUCUUUGUCUCUAGCAGGAAUGGCUUUGUGGGAAACUUCUUUGUUAGUGUGAAUCACAUCUGCAUGUUGAGAGACAGAGAGAAGAAACCUGUACACCUCAUCCACUUGGUUUUUACACAUAUUAUCAUGCUUCUUUCCAAGGGAAUGAGAAAGACAAUAGCAGCUUUGGGUUUGAGAGAUUUUCUAUAUGACAUAGGCUGUAAGGUGGUGGUUCACCUGGAGAGGGUGGCCCGCAGCCUGUCCAUCUGCCCCACCAGUCUCCUCACAGUGGCCCAGGCCAUCUCCAUCAGCCCCAGAGCCUCCAGGUGGGGGAGGCUGCAGCCCAGGUCUGCAUGGCACCUGCUUCCCUUCUUUCUCUUCUUGUGGAUACUCAAUUUCUUGAUCAGCAUGAGUUUACCAUUUUACAUAAAAAGUAUCAGAACCAUGAACACAUCACAAACUACUAAAAGUGAAAACUACUGUUUUUUCCAAUCAGAAAACUGUAUCAUCAGUUGGAUUUUUGCUGCUCUCAUGGUCCUACGAGAUGCUGUGUUCCAGGGUGUCAUGGGCGGGGCCAGUGGCUACAUGGUCUUCCUCCUCCACAAGCACCAUCAGAGUGUUCUCUACCUUAAAACCUCCAAGCUCCUGUGCAAAACUCCCCCUGAGACAAAGGCUGCUCACACUGUUCUCCUUCUGAUGCUCUGCUUUCUCUCCUUUUACUGGGCAGAUUGCUUCCUUUCUUUAUAUACAACCUUCUGCUCACACAAGGAUUCCACUGCAGCAAGUGUGGAAGAGUUUCUGACCCUUGGCUAUGCUGUCAUCAGCCCCUUUGUGCUGAUUCACAGAGACGGACGCCUGGCUGAAUGUGGUCAUGCUCAGUAA